AUGACUGGAGUUAUUUUGAAACUUCCAUGUCGGAUAGUCGUCUAGAGAGAAGGCAGGGAGGGAGGAGGCAGGGAAAGGAAGAAGAAGAAAGCUUUCAGGAAGUAAGGCAUGGAGAGCAGAGUGUGGGGAAGGAGAUGAUAGGAGCAUGCAGAGGAGGAGAUGAAUCAGAACAUGGCUGUGCCAUAUCACAAGAUGGUAAUAGCUGGGCUGUUUUCUGUCUGAUCAGGUUUCCAGCCCCCCUCCCCUCUCUAUUCCAGCACUGCUGCUACCCUCCCCUUCCCAAUGAUGUCUCUGCCAGUGCUGCUUCCUGGCUCUUGUUGUCCCAUGGCUGGCUUAUCUUCUUCUAUGGGCAAUGCAGCCCCCACUUCACCGGCUGGGGACCCUUCUCAGCACCGGCCGCGCAGGGCCCGAGGGCUACUACAACCCCCAAGAUGUUCAGCCUCCCUGGGUCUCUGUCCCCCUCCUCCACCCACUCCUGUUAGCAGCAGGCGCCGAGCUGCCUCUGGACUCACCCUGCCUGGCAGACCUCUGCUCUCCCUGGGCUUGUUACAGCUCAUCCUGGGAUGCUGCACGGUGGCCCUCAGUUUUGGGGCACUGUCACUCAGCAAGAACCCCCAGAUCAGGAGCUCGUGCCCGUUCUGGGCUGGAUCGUCGGUUAUUUUGUCUGGCAUUAUAGGACUAACUACAUGGAAAAAGCCCAUGGUUCUUCUGGUCAACCUGUUUGUAAUGCUGUCUGUAGUCUGUGUCCUUUUGAACUUGGCUGGUUUUAUCUUGGGAUGUCAAGGUGCACAAUUUGUGUCCAGUGUUCCCAGCUGCCAGGUGGUAGGACUGGCGGAAGGAAGAAUGUGUGUUUGCUGUGAAGAAUUUCAACUUAACAAGUGUCCUGAGAAUGGAAAUGUUCUGAAGCUUGUCAUGAUCCAUUCCUGUAAUGCAGUUCAUCUCUUAUUAAAGAAAGUGUUCUUUGCUCUUUGCGCCUUGAACGCUCUGACAACCACAGUGUGCCUGGUAGCGGCUGCCCUGCGAUACCUACAGCUCCUCACCACUAGAAGACCCUGCACAGAUGAAUCCCAGGUGUCUGCAGAGGAAGUGGAAGAGCAAGACAGGGUGCCAGACCCUGACGAUUUUGUUCCACCUGCACCUCCACCUUCAUAUUUUUCUACAUUCUACUCAUACACUCCUAGAAUGACUCCAAGAAUGUCUGGUAAUGAGGUGAUUCCUCUACCACAUAUCUAUGGAUCCAGAUUCAAAGGAGUUGAAGUGUUUUGUCCCAUGGAACCACCUCCAUCUUAUGAAUCUGUGGUUGGCCAAUGUCAUUUACAGGAGGAAACUGAUGAACCAGACCUUGUCCCCAGCUCUGAAGUGGAACCGGCCAGUGUUCAAACUUCUUCAGAAUCUCCCUGUUGUUCCACUACAGAAAUUAUACCUGCAGAAGCAUGCAGUGAACAGCAAUCUACAGAAAAUAACCCAGUUAAUGUGCCUCAGCGUAAGAGGUCACACAGUGAUCCUGUAGUUCAUGAUAUGCCUUCCAGAGGAGCCACUCCAAGCUGUGAAGCUGCUACACAAACGGAACUAAGACGACCAAUGGCAGCUGUCACAUUAAGACGUGCUUUAAGAGCAAAAGCUGUUCGAUCACGGCCAAGGUCUCUAGUGGAUUAUAAAUCUUACAUUGAUACUAAACUUCUAGUGGCCAGGUUCCUAGAAGAGCCAUCUGGUCAUAUGUCUGCUGAUAUCCAGGAACUGGUAGAAAGCAUCAAAACUGUGCUGAAGUCUGAUGAAGAACACAUGGACGAGGCCAUUUUAAGUGCCAACUUCCUUGAUCAGGUGAUGGCCCCAAACCAGGGAUCCCUACCAACAACUACCAGACUCCCAAGCAGACGGUACCCAGGAGUACUUCACUUGAAGAGUUGUGGGGACCUAAGCACUUUUAGUACUGUACAGAAGCAAAGGGAUGGGAGAAUAAGGAGCCAGAGGACUGCCAGACCUCACAGUGUCAUUGGAGUUGUUCGGGAAACCAUUUUGUGAGAAAAAACAUGACAACCAAACACAGGAUGGAUAAGUGAAUUUAUGUAGCCUCCAAUUACAGGGCAAAGCAGUGUUCUGUGAGCUUACACAUGUAUGCAAUACUCAUAAGUAGCCCGCGUUUACAGAAUAAGUAAGCUUUACAACAUAGUGGCAGAAUAUGCCUCCUUCCAUCGCCAAAGAUCAAUCAGCACAUGGAUGAUUCUGAACUCAGCUUUAUAUUGAUGGAACGGAUUCAUGUGUUUGUGAAGGAAUUAACUACACAAUGAAGAAAAUGAAAGUGUAAUAUAAUGUGUGUAUUUGGUGGAACUCUGUGGAAGAAAUGACCUAUUUAAAGGAGCCUCAGGGGUUUGCAAAACUGUGAGAAACCUUGCACUAUAAGUACAAGUCUGCAGUCUUCAGCGGACAUUGCAAUUUGAAUGAUAAAGGGCACUGUUCAUUUAAUAAACUGAUGUACUUUAAACUCAAG